GCGGAGGCACCACUGAAAAACGAGAAUGGUGGAGGAAAUGAAGCAAAUCCUAAUGACGAUAAUCCUAUUCGACCCAGUUCUUUCGGACUCCGACCUCACUUUUCAGCGGUGAAUAUUAAUUGUGAUAAAUGGUAUCAAACCAUGGAUGAGAAGGCUCGAUUAUUACUUCAAGAUCCACCAUCUUUAGCGGAUGGCAUGGAUAGAGAAACUGAAAAGAAUCUACGCUUCUUCGGAUGUUCGCUGAUACAAGAAGGUGCAGUAUUAUUGAAAUUGCCCCAGGUCGCCGCGGCUACAGGACAAAUACUGUUCCAGCGAUUCUAUUAUCUGAAGAGCUUCCUCAAGUUCAGAUAUGAGCACACUGUAAUGGCGUGCCUACUUCUUGCCUCAAAAAUUGAGGAAGAACCACGCCGAACCAGGGACGUGUACAAUACUUUCUACCGCUUAGAACAGCUUCAUAAGCUGAGGGAAUCAGGACGAGCAAUCAACGAGUAA